AAAUUUGAAAAUUGCACCCAGGUCCCAGUCAACACUCAGUCACUCAUUCCUCACUCCUCUCUCUCUCUCUCUUCCUCACGCACUCACUCUCUCACGGUCUCAACUCUCACCUUCACGAUCCAGAGUUCCAGACCACCACCGGCCACCAGCCCACCACCACGGUACCACUCAUUGAUUCACGGUUCGACUGUUUCAGUGUUCACUCUUUUCUCUCUCUCUCUCAACGCUGCAACCCACCAGGCGGCAGCCACAGCCCACCAACGCCACCAGUCCACCACCACCGCCCAACGCACCACCACUCUCUCUCUCUGCUGUUGUUGAAGACUUGAAGCUUGAAGGAUGGACUAAUAGGCUUGUCUAUUUAAUCUUUGAGGGAAGAAAAAGCUCUAAUAACACCAGAUUUUUGUUCCACCAGAUUUUGAACCCCCUGACCCCGGGGUCCUGGAUCCGCCACUGAAGAUGCCUCUUUGGUGACAAUAUGAUUGCAAGAGACAAGAAGAACAAGGUCUUUCCAUGAAAGAACAAUCCAACAGAGCAAUCUUACCACCCGACCCGACCUACGUCCUAUACUCAGGCUGGGGUUCUUUCUGGUUUGACCAUACUAAUUCUUGAUAAGAAGAAAGAAAGACUAAUGGCACAAUCAUUGAGCUUGAUCUCUGGAGGCCUCGGAUUUCGUCCAAUUCCGAUAACCAAAGUCAGUGUAUCAGGAAGGUUUACACCCAGAUCUUCAGCAGUGCUUCGCAUUCGGGCUGUGCAGGAGAAUGGUGGACCGCGUAGACUAGUGGACAUAGUCAGGCUCAUUCCUGAGCUCUCAAAGAACUACUUUAAAAGUCCUUCUCGCAGGGCCCUAUUUGGCGGAAUCUCAUUGCUUGGUGGAUUUUAUGUUGCACAAACAAUCUCUCUGUCUUUUGGAGCUUUAGGAGUCAAUGAUGUUAUUGCAGCAGUUUUAUGUGUUCUUCUUACAGAGUAUGUUACAAAGUUUUAUUACAGCCGGCCAAAAGUUACUUUCCCAAUUGCUCUUCUCAACAACUUCAAAAUGGGUUUCACCUAUGGACUCUUCAUUGAUGCAUUUAAGCUUGCCAGUUGAUUCUUUAACAUCUAAGUGCAACUUCUCAAGAUUCCUGACAAACCUGACGACUCUUUGAGAUCGGGUUGGUUGUGUUCGAUCACCAAGCUUGUACAUGUUAGAAAUGGUUGACAUCUAAAUGCAACUUCUCAAGAUACAUGCUUACAUGGUCGUCGCUCUCCAAAUUUGGUCUGGAUGUGUUUAACCACCAGGCUUGUACAUAUUAGAAUUGAAUCUAAGAACAUCCUUCUAUUUAUUGUAUAUCAACCAUUCCUGCAAUCUAUAUGAAUCUAUAAAGCAUUAUAUUUUUCCUUUA